GGAGCCUGCAGUGUGUGGAACUGUGGUCUCCGGAAGUCGCCGGAAUAAACGCCUCGCGUGGCGUCUACACUUCCGGGCGGUCGCUUAGCAACCAAAAGGACGCAUACUAUCGCCUGGAAAAAGGGAAGAAACGUGAUAUUUCCAGAGGCUCCUCACCCCGGAAUGGACUCAGAAUAUUUGAAGAGAUCUCUGGGGAAAUGUUUGGCGGAAGGACUCGCCGAAGUGGCAGAGAGAAGACCAAUGGACCCCAUUCAAUAUCUGGCGAGCUUUAUUUACAAGUACCGCAGCAACUUAGACGAAUACGAAAAGAGGAUGCUGGAAAAGGAGGCGCUGGAAAGAGAGAGAGAGGAGGCCCGGCGGGAGCUGGAGACGUUAGAAAAACUGAAACAAGAAGAGAUCCUCAUCCAGAAGAAGAUUGAAGAACAGCAAAGGAAGGCGGUUUCCGAGCAUUUUCCCCAAAAGACUUUGGCGGAAACGACUGAAAAGUUCGGGGCGCCGCACCUGCCGACCGUGGAGGAGGAUGACGAGACCCUGGCAGCUGGCGGCAAACGGAAGAGUUUGGGGUCACCUCCGGGAGCUCUGGAGACAGAGGAGCUGUCGGAGCGUCCGCCCGGCGAGGACCUAUCAGAGGAAACAAAAGAACUCAAAGCAGAUGCCGCCGUCGGCGUGGAGGAACGCCCGCCGGAGCCAGGAGCUCCUGAAGAAGAAGAAGACCGCACCGGUCCGGCAGAUCCUGGACUACCUCCGAGCGACGACGCCGGCAGAAACGCAGAAGGAGCUGCGACGCAAGACGAAGAAGGGCCUGCCGAGAUCUGAGAACGGACCAUAAUACGUUGAGCGGCUUGACCUAUCCACCGCUGGCCCCUGUUGUUAUGACAACAAGCAAAAUAUUUGUUCAUCUAGAGGAGAAAUCAACUCCGCUGGUUACCGAGAUCGGGCCGUGUAACGGUGCGAGCGCCUGUGCACCGUUAUAACAGGAAUGCCCGAAUAACGCGAUCGGGCAUUCCCUUUACCUACUCCGCUUGACCUUAACUCUUUCAUGACUGAAUGCGGUAUUAGAAACAUCGUUCCCAGUCCCGCUGAACGCCCCCAAGCCCUUCUCGGAAGUAACUCUUUAAUAACUCCUCCUUUUUGCCGGGAACACUUAAUUGUCACGUGACGCAAAAGCAGGCAAAGCGAGCAUCUUAAAUGUUUCCGUGAAUAAACCUUCAGAGGAAAGAAUAAAACAACAUAUCUGCU